GACUGUCAUCAGUCUAUUAUGAUGAAGAAGAAUGAGCUUGGACAGAAGAAAGUAUCAUUCAAGCUUCGGGGAUGCGUUAGCGCUUUGACUCUUGCUGUUAUUCACAACUUCAAGUGUCGUAAUCUGGAUUAUUCAAAUGUCAGUAAGCCAUUUAUCAGUUAUUGGCAGGAAGAGAAGGAUUUGAGUGAUGUUGUGAAGCAGUUUGAGAUCAACAUGGAUUUUAUUCUGCCGGUGAAGCGUGAAAAACAGAAGGUUGAGUUUAAAACUCCCAGUGUUAGUGUGCUAGUAGGAAGUCUGGUUCUCCUAUAAUUAAGGUGGUUGAGGGUCCAUCACCUUCAACUAGGCAGCUUAUUAUGGAUCUUCCUCAUAGUUUGAUGACUGAUGAGGAAAUAGAUGCUCUUGAUGUUCCUGAAUAUGUGAAGAACAUGCACAAGUUGAAGAGGAAUGCGCUUGCAUUCUGUCAAGUGAAUUUGGAGAUUGCCCAGAAUAUUCGGGAGGAAGGCGAGAAGCUGUCUCAAGACAGUAUUUCUCUGGAUGAUAGUGAAGUAUUUAACCCAGAUUUUCUGAGUCAAAUUGACGACAUAUGCAAGCGUCAUUUGGAAGCGAAAGACAGUGCAAACAAAGUUGAUCCUACAAUUUCACUAUUGGUGAAGCGGCCUGUUGAAUUGGAGUUUGGAAGAAAUGAAAAUGUUCCUGAUUUGGAUUCUGGUGUUCAUGGAGUUGAAGAGAAAGAAGGAAAUGAUGAAAAAGAAGGAGAGGAGGAUGAGAAGAAGAGGAAUGCUGAUGAUGAUCAGCAUAAAGAUGAUGAUGAUGAUGAUGAUGAUGAUGAUGAUGGUGAUGAUAAGGAUCACCAGAAUUAUAAUGAGACAAAGGAUGAUGAUGCUGAUGAUAAUGGUGAUCCUGGUCUUCAAGGAGAUGAAGACAAAGGAGGAGAUAAGGAUGCUGGUCUUCAUGGAGAUGGAGAGGAAGGUGGAAAUAAUGAGAAAGAACCAAAGGAAGAUGAUAAUAAGAAGACUGGCAAUGCUGAUGAUGAUGGUGGUCUUCAAGGAGAUAAAGAGGAAGGAGGAAAUAAAGAGUUGGAUGCUGGGGUUCAUGCAGAUGGAGAGAAAGGAGGAAGUAAGUUUCUUUCAUUUUAUACCUAAUUGAAAGAAUUCAAAGACCAACUGAAAAAUGUGAUGCUCUAAAGGAAAUAAUAUCUUAUAAAUAGCAACUGAAAUACUUUUUAGUUUGUAACAAUAUGAAAACGAACUGAAAAAUAAAUAGGGCUAACUGAAGUAUUAUAAAGACUAGCUGAAAAAAUAAACAAGUCUAACUGAAGCACUAUAAAGACUACCUGAACAAUAAACAAGUCAAACUGAAAGAAUAUUCAGACCAACUGAAAACUUUGAUACUCUAACUGAAAUAGUAUUAAUACCAACUGAAUAUCAUAUAAAUAUCAAAUGGAACUUUUUAUAUUUAUUUUUUAUUGUUUUUUGUUUUUGAAUUAAGAUGUUGAGAAAGAACAACCAAAGGAAGAUGAUACAAAGAGGAGGAAUGCUGAUGAUGAUCAAGUUAAAGGGGCUAAGGAUAAGGAUAAGUGUAAGAUUUCUACACACGUCCCUACUCGCACCGCUG